UUUUUUUUUCUCGUGUUUUUUUUUUUCACGUCAUCGCAUCGCCCUCUGAGCAUUUCAAUCCCCGUCCUCAGCCAACACAUCAACCGAACAUUCAGCCACUGAAGCCCACAUUACUCUGGAAUAAACGAAACGGAGAGAGAGGUCUUUGAAAACAUCAACAACUCAUUUGCCGCGAGCGGGUGCGAAUGGCGAGUCGGAAUCCUGCAGUCGUGCUCGGCACGGUGGUGCAGCGAGCUUCCGUGACGGAGCAUGCCGUGUCGUAUUCCGAUGCCAGCAUCGUUCCCGAGGCGGUCGUUGAGCCAGGCUCGCAAGGCCGGGUGGGUGCCACAACAGCAGACUUGUCAACAUUCGCAGCGGGUUUCGCGCCAUCGUCCGUCGCGUCGGCGAUUCCCAUCUCCGUCGGGACUGUCGGCGCCCCACAACUAUCACAGCCACCGCCGGUACUACUGCUGUCAACCGUGGCAGCGGCAGGGCCGGCAUGCGAGACUGAGCCUUCGCCGGAAGUGCAUGUCGAUGCGAAUGCGAAUUUGAGCGUUUCGGCGGUCCACGCCAACCCCUUCCCUUCGCCAGUGUCGCCAGUUGCGCCCAUCGUCGACCUCGCCCACAGCAGCAGCAGCAGCAGCAGUAGUAGUGACAACGACACCAGUCGCAGCACCGUUCGCACUAGUAGUCACAGCCGGAAUGGCAGCAGUAGCUGCGGUUCCAGUCGAGAGUUCGAUGAUGAUGAGGCGGCGUCCCCUGAUUCAUCGGGUGCUGCUUCCGUGCAUCUGCAGCCUCCGCCCCAGCGGCGACCAGUGCACGCGAGUGCUGAUGCGUCCUCGAGCACGAGCGACGCCGCGGACGCGAGCAGCACUGCGCCUCGGACGGGCGCAUCCGUUCCACACGGCUUUCGCAGCAACGGUAACACUCUGGGCCACCAAGCAUCAGCAAGCACCAGUGCUCCUCCCGAGUCCUGCACCGACAGAGUAGCAUCGGUAUCUUCCGUGGCAGUAGGAACGGCGGGAGCAGAGCGAGAGGCAGCAGACGUGGCGUCAGUUGCGUCAGUUGCAUCGGAGGGCGCGCUGAAAAACACUGCGAAUCCAGAUCUACCAUCAUCGCAGCAGCAGCAGCAACCCCAGCCAUCUCCCAGCAGCAGCAUUAGCAGCAACAACAGCAACCCCAUAAACAGCCCCAAUACGCGUGACAGCCACGGAGACAGCAGCAGCAGCAGCAGCAGCAGCAGCAGCAGCAGCAGCAGCAGCAGCAGCAGCAGCAGCAGCAGCAGCAGCAGCAGCAGAAGCAAUCCCAGCAGCGCGGGCGGAGGGGUGCCGGCUGUGAUUUUCCCCGUUGCGCCUCCACAUCAUCAAUCGCCGUUCCAGCAUCCGCCAGACACCCUCGUCGGCAAGUACCGCAUUGGCAAGACUCUCGGCGAAGGCACCUACGGCAAGGUCAAGCAGGGCAUCCACAUCCACACUGGCCAGCAGGUCGCGAUCAAAUCCAUUGAAAAGGCCAACUUGACAACAGACAAACACGCGACACGGCUUGCGCGGGAAAUUCGAGCGCUGAAAGUCCUACACCAUCCCCACAUUGUGCACAUUUACGAUGUGAUUGAAUCCGAGACAUCGAUUACGCUCAUCAUGGAGCAAGCCGCUGGCGGCGAGCUGUUCGACUACAUUGUCACACGCACGCGGGUCAACGAGCCCGAGGCGCGCAAGUUUUUCCGACAGAUUCUCUCUGCUGUCGACUAUUGCCACCAGAACUUUAUCGUGCAUCGCGAUUUGAAGCCGGAAAAUCUUCUGCUGGACGAGAACAAGAACAUUAAGAUUAUCGAUUUUGGCUUCUCCAACAUGUACGAGCAUCAAGCACAGCUGGACACGUUCUGCGGAUCGCCGUAUUACGCAGCACCCGAAAUGGUGCGCGGUCGCAAGUACACGGGUCCCGAGGUGGAUGUCUGGAGUCUGGGCGUCAUCCUCUACGCCUUGCUCUGCGGCAGUUUGCCGUUCGACUCGCAACAUGUGCGCAAGCUGUACGACCAAAUUGCGUCAGGCAUGUACAGGGUUCCUCCUCAUCUCUCGAUUGGAAGCCAAGCCAUCAUUCGUGCCAUGCUGACUGUCGAUCCGAAAAAGCGCAUCACCGUUGAGCGCUUGCGCUACCACCGCUGGGUUUUGGAAGGGUACUCUGGCCCGCCUGACUCGUCCUUGCCGUCGCGCGAGCCCAUUCUGAAGGUCGACCCCGAGGUGACGUCGGAGCUCACCCGCGUCUUUCGCUUCCGUCAGCAUCUCGUCGACCAGAUGAUUGGCAUUCCUGAGAUUCAGCCCCAGGUUCCGGCCACCACGCAGCCUUCGACGGCUGCCGCGCUUCUCAUGGCACAGCACCAGCUCCUGCAGCAGGCUGGCGAAGAGGAUGACGGCCCUGCAAUUGACUUUUUCGAUCCGAGCGACUCUGAUUCCGACUCGGAUGGCCUGGACGCCGCACUUGCCAACGAUCGUCUGGACCAAUGGGCGAAUUUAGUGGCUGAAGCCGCGGAGGGUGGGUUACCUGCGCUCGAUGACUCGCCCCCUCAGCCGCAUUUGAUGGCCAUGGCCGCCGCACCACAGCAACAAAUACAGCAGCAUCAACAAGUACAGCAACAGCAACAACAACAACAACAACAACAACAACAACAACAACAACAACAACAACAACAACAACAACAGCCACACCAGCCGCAUCAUCAUCACCCACUCCAGCGGUCGUUAAGCCGCUCGCGCAGCACUUUGCGGCUUGAUCCGCGUUCGGUGUUGAACCAGAAUGCCAAGUUGGAUGCCGAAUCUCGCGCUCGCUUCCGCACCUUGUGUUACCAUCCCAUCCGAUGCAUGUACUAUCUUUUGGCGGAAAAACGGGCGCGCGAUCGCGUCGAGUUGAUCAUUCAACAGCAGCAGCAACUGUUUGCUCAAAAGUCUCGGUCGCGGACCAUGUCCAGCAGCAAUCUGCAAAGCAUCCAAGAGCUUUCUGGCCACGCCUUCGCCGCCGGUGGUGCAGACGCGGACGACGACAACAUGGCGGCGGGCGUCAGUCGGACGCACCCGCACUCGCGCAGUUCCUUCUCCUCCGAACAUCCAAUCGAUUCCGAGCCAACUUCCCCAGCUCGUCUUGCAGCUCGUGUCUCUGCACAUGUCGCCAUCGCCGCUGCUAGUCAGAGUCAGCACGGCGAGACUGCACACCAAUACCAGCUGGUGACAGCCGCGUCGCUCGGGGUGGCUCGGCUCAUGCCGGACGGCGAACCCAUGUCUGCGCCACUCACGCGCACGCCAAUGUUCUUUGACGCGCACUCUAGUAUUUCAGCGACGCACUCGCCCGUCCAGCAGCAAACGAUGCAUCAGCCGCUUGCACGUCGCGGCAGCGCCAAACAUUUGGAUUCUGGCCACCAUUUGCCAGUACCCAUGUCUUUGCCCGUUUCGUCCGAUCAGGUGUUGCCCAUACUGUCCAAAACCAUCCGCGAGCGACGUCUGGCCUCGCAACCCACGGCACGCACAUCAACCCCGCCGCCCCAGGUCAUCACGAGCACUUUCGUGACUGGCGCCCAACCAACCCAACCUCUAGACUCUGUACCCGCGUCGCCGACGCACGAGUCUGCAGCGUCGUUGACAAUCGCCACCGACGAGGGCGCAUCUUCUGGUUCGGGGCGCCUGUUGCACCCUUCCUCCAGCACGCACUCGUCGCAUUCCUCGCGCGCCAGCUCCCCAACGGGCUACUCUGGCUCAUCGAGUCUCUCGGCUGGCGGCGGUACGCCCUUCUCCUCCUCGACACAGGUUUAUCCUCCCAGCUCCAGCCGGACCAACCCUUCGUAUUUGGCACUCUCGUCGCCCAGCUCUUUCGUUGCUGCUGCAGCGCCAGUGGCAGCCAGUGGCAGCAGCCCUCUUCCUCCUCGUGGAGCGACGCGCACACGCGCCCAGUCACAGUCGGCGGCAACAGUACAGCCUGUCAAUCUCGCCGCGACCGGUCACGCGUUGAUGACUGGUAUCACGUCCCACGACAAGACCAUCUCGACUCCAGCUCUCUCCCAGAAUUUCCCAAACGUUGCUGCCAACGCCUCGCCCAUGACGAGCCGCGCCCAUCCGUCACACUCGGCGAACGCUGCUGCCUCUGCUUCUGCCCCGUCGUCCACAACAAAGCCCCGCCUGUCCCGUCGGCUCACGAUGGAUGCCGUGUCCAUGCUCAAGUCGAUCAGCUCGAAGCUGUCCCUCACCGCCUGGGGUUCGUCGCAAAACCAGCCCAGCCCCACAUCCAGCAGCUGGUCUGUCACGUCAUCGCAAGACUCGAUGGACGAGUCGGCCAGCCGAGCCGCGCCCAUCCGAACCCUCUCGGGCUUCUUUAACGUUUCGACAACGUCGUCCAAGCCGCCCAAGGAGAUUCUGGCCGAGGUUCGCCGAGCGCUCGUCCGUGCCAACAUCCGUUUUGCCGAAUCUGGCUACGUCCUGCUCUGCGAGGCGCAUGAUGAUUCCAAAAAACCCUCGCAGUUUGAGCUGGAGGUCUGUCACAUUCCGCGGCUGAGUCUGUACGGUCUGCAUGUGAAGCGCAUCCGCGGCGACAUUUGGCGCCACAAGCGCGUGUGCAGCACCCUGAUUGCCAGCAUGAAUCUGUGAAGGAGAAGAGGGGAGUGUUGGUCAUCUUGAAGCUGCUUCGCGCGAGCCCUUUUGUUUUCAGUUGUGUUCAUGUUUUCGUUUUUGUUAGCUUUGUCUAUUUUUUUUCUCGUUGAAUAGACCUGAUUUUUGCCGUGGUU